AACAUUUCCUUUUCCGGGUGAAGCAGUGUUUACAAUCCGGAGUUUCUAGAGAGAAAGCUUCAUUGCAUCGUAUAAAACAGCCACCAAAUGGCGUCUCAGAUCCCCAUCACCGUCAGGGCCCAGCCGGCAGUUGCCGGCUCUGCCGCUCUCCGGGGGAAGAAACGUCCCGGUAGUCCGGCGGUUUCUGGCGCUCCGCAGGUAACCGGGAGCACCAGCAGCAAGAAGAAGAAAGGACAGCUGACAGUGACACCGAUAACACAGACACAGAUACCAGCAGUGGAGUCGGUGGCUGAGGUGAAGGCGGUGGGAACAGUAGACAGCGGUCCAACUGCCAUCACAGAGUCCACAACAAAACCUCCACCAUUCAAAGACCCCACAUUUAUGCACUCCGGGAUCGGUGGAGCAGCCGCAGGUAAAAAGAACAGGACCUGGAAGAAUCUCAAACAGAUUCUGGUUUUGGAGCGGACGUUACCCUGGAAGCUCAAUGAUCCGAACUACUACAACAUUGAUGCCCCUCCCUCGUUGAAGCCAACCAAGAAAUACUCUGACAUCUCUGGACUCCCUGCAAACUACACAGACCCCCAGACAAAGCUACGCUUCACAUCCUCUGAGGAGUUCUCCUACAUCCGCUUGCUCCCCACUGAUGUUGUCACUGGCUACCUGGCCCUUCGAAAGGCAACUUGCAUCGUACCCUGACAGCUCAGCAAGGUUUGAAACCUGAAACAGGUUCAACUCUGAACUGAACUUGUGUCAGUGUAGGAAGCUGUUGGGCCAGCCAGGCGACUCUGAGAGAGGGAGAGAGGCUGCUCACAGAGAUGCACCACAACUGCUGGAUCUCACAGGCUGACCACUGCUAAACAUUUGCACUCCUGUUCUUAAGAAGGCAAUCUCAGUCGCAAUUUUUACCGUGUGACAAAUUAAAUACAACAAAUGUGAAAUUUCUCUUUUUCCAUUUAGAAAACAAAAACAUUGAGUGAUUGCUUCUAUUUGUGAGAUGUUUCUAGUGAACAGUGUUGUCACUAGCUGGAUGUUAUGUCAGUCUUAUCAGAACAUGUCCAUGGACAAAACAUCAGAAAGUGUUUACAAAGGUCAUUCAACGGUCAGCAAUGAGAUAUUAUUUUGCUUUUUUGUUAAAAUACAAUUCCAAGUAUCCUUGAUGAUACUUACCUAUUACCAGCUCCUGCUAAAUCUUUGGGGGACAUACAGUUGUUUCUCAAGUACUGAACAAAGCAUCACUUGCCAGGAUGCUGUACGCCCCCUUGUGGUAGAACAUCUGUCUAGCCCAUUUAAGCUAUCUUGAAUUUAUUUAGUGUUCAUCUGUGCUUGAUUGUAUGCUGUUUGUAUAAAAAUAAAUGUUCAUCAUUGAUUAAAAUGACAAAAUUGCUGGC